AUAAACAUUUUACGUUCUGGUAACACUGAAUGUUCGUACUACGUGGUAGGAAAUCUCGAUGGCAAGGCAAACAACUUCGUUUGGCUAACAAAACCCGGCUAAAUUCCAGCGUCAACUAGCAAAGGCGAUAUUUUCGGUUUCAGACGACAGAGAGCCCCGAGUGAAUCCGAUUUCGAUAGCUACAUCAUUGUAUGUGGAGUGGGGGCAGGCAGAGAUCCCGGCCAAAAUUAACAUAUUCCUGGAGUCCAUCAGCCAGCUGGCGGCCCUGGCGACCUCGAGCGGCAUCAUGCAGCUGCUCAUCUCCUCUGUUUGCAUGGCGCUGACUAGCGCAGUAAUCGGAAAUGCCUAUUAUCAAAAGCAACAGUUCUAUCCGGCGGUAGUUUUUAUUACCAAGUCAAACGCGUCCAUGGCGGUCAUCUACAUACAAUUCUUUGUGAUUGUCUUUAUGUUUGGAAAACUUCUUCGCAAGAUCUUCCUUGGCACGCUGCGUGCUGCCGAGUUCGAACACCUACUAGAGCGGUUUUGGUACGCUCUUACGGAGACCUGCUUGGCAUUCACCGUAUUCCGGGAUGACUUUAAUCCGCGCUUUGUUGCCCUGUUCACAGUCCUGAUAUUUCUCAAAUCAUUCCAUUGGUUAGCCGAGGAGCGGGUAGACUUUAUGGAGAGGUCGCCCGUUCUGGGUUGGCUUUUCCAUAUUCGCGUGGGAAGUCUACUCACCAUGUUAGGCAUUCUUGACUACGUUCUGUUAAUACAUGCCUACAACUCGACUUUGGUCCGCGGACCAACCGUGCAGCUGGUCUUUGGCUUUGAGUACGCCAUUCUCCUGACAGUAAUCGCCAGUACGGCCAUUAAGUACGUGCUUCACGCCGCGGAGAUGCGCACAGACACGCCCUGGGAGAACAAGGCGGUGUUUCUGCUUUACACGGAGCUUGUUAUUGGACUCAUCAAAGUAGUGCUCUACAUACUGUUUGUGGUGAUCAUGGCCAAGAUUUAUGCGUUGCCCAUGUUCGUGUUCCGGCCUAUGUUCUUCACCAUUCGCAACUUCCGUAAGGCCCUGAACGAUGUCAUAAUGUCCCGCCGGGCCAUUCGCAACAUGAAUACCCUAUAUCCUAACGCUACGCCUGAGGAGCUGCGUCAGUCGGAUAACAUCUGUAUAAUUUGCCGCGAGGACAUGAUUAAUCACUCAAAGAAACUACCCUGCGGUCACAUCUUCCACACCACGUGUCUACGCUCAUGGUUCCAGCGCCAGCAGACCUGUCCCACAUGCCGUCUGAACAUUCUGCGCACUCCGGCCGUAAAUUCCACAGCGAUGCCACGGGCAGGGGAUGAUGCAGCCGCCGUUGGAAAUGUUGCUCCGGCUGCAGAUGGUGCUCAACCUGCGGGUGGUGUACCUCCUCCGGCACCAGCUGCCGGAAUUGAUGGCAAUCAGGCUCGCGCGAACAUCCCGUUAGCAGGAGGUCAGGCCUUGCCGCCCAGCUUCGCAGAUCUUUUUGGGGACAAUCCCGGGUUGCCUAAUUUGGCCGGUCUCUCGAUGCCUCCUCCACCAGUUAUGCCCAUGCUUUCGCCUUUUAUGAUGCCUCCCCAGUUUGGCUACUUCUCUCCCCUCCCGCCGAUACCGCACGACCUGACCAAGUUUACAGACGAGGAACUGCGCGCCAUGGAGGGACACCAGCGGGAGCAUAUUGAGCAGCGCCUAAAGUUGCUGCAAAAUAUAAACCUAAUGCUUGAUUCGGCGGGAAUAAUGAUGUCCCAGUACCAGAGUUUGGCUGCGCGUUUACAGCUUACUCCGGCUCAGCCAGCAACAACGGCAGCUUUAUCUGUUCCAGUAUCAAAUGCAGGUGAAAAUGCUGGAUCAGGAGUGUACGACAAGCCCAGUACCUCGGCAACGGCCAUGGCCCAAUUAGAGGCUCAUCAGGUUACUCCGAAUGCAGCUACUGCAAUGGAUGCUCCUCUGCCCGCAGAGAAGGUAACCAUUGAGGAUCUGGGUGCAGAUGCCGAAGAGGAUGAUGUGCCAUCGACAACCACGGAGGCGGUCAGCCUUCCCAACUCCGAUAACGUCAUCGAGGAGGACUCAUCGGAACUGGGGGAGCUAAGGAAGCGCCGCUUAAGGAAAUUCCUCGAAGAGCGCAACAAGUUCGCAAACGAACCUACGACAUCGGAAUAGACGAUUUAGGAAACAGACGCCACUCCAAAAACAGGCACAGAAAACUCUCAUCCUUCAGAAAAAACAUAAACAAACAUACUUGAGUUAACCACAUUUUCUAUUAUCUUGGCUGGUAUUGCUUUUGUUUGUACUCCGCUCCUCGUACAUUGCACCCUGUCCCUUGAUUUUUAUCCUUUUCUACGGCUUGUGGUACGGGAAUAUUACGACGAUGACUAAGAUGCCCCAGAAUUCACAUACUGAAACAUGACCGCCCAGGAGCGGCGUGCGGAACGAAGGAUCUGAACGUGAACAAAUUGCGGCAUCCAAAUUCAAUAUGUAGCAAUAUAUAUUGUGUAAAAACUAUUUUAGAGAUGGGAAACUGAUGAUUUGUAUUUAAUAUUACUAUAUGUGUAUAAUUAAUGUGAAAUAUAAUUAAAACGAAAAGAACGAUGAAUGGAAUAAGGCUAUACGACGAUUACACUAAAGGACCUGUUCCGAGUUCUAUUUUCACAAUA